AUAGCACAGAGGCGUGGUAAUUUGUUUAUUUUUAUUUGUUGCAUUUCAAGUGUUUUUUGAGCUAUGUAAAACGAGAUUAAAAUAGCCAAACAUUCAGUUCUAAUCAGCUGGAGAUCGAAGUCACGUUGAUCUCUUAAUAACGCGGUGAUAACUGAAAUGAAUACUGCUUUUAAAAGAUGGGGAAGUAAGUUUGUAGUAACGAAAGUUCAGCAGUUUUGGAAAAGAUCAUUUCAAGAGCGCAAAGUUUUAAAAUACACCAAAUGUCAUGCUAUCUAUUCAGGUUAUGAUUAUGAUGUAGCGAUUCUCAGAAACACAUUUUCUAAUACCAAGUACUUACAAUCACCUGUAUAUUCUAUUUAUUUUUCCAGUAGACAGGCUGUUCGAUUAUUAAGUAUAUCGAAAAAUCGAUGUUGGAAUUGCAAUGCUGUUGUUACAGAACGUGAUUUGGUAUGCAUGUCUUGCGGCAGUGUGCAAGAACCAAGACAAAAUCUCAAUUAUUUUGAAAUUUUCAAAGAAACUCCUCACUUUGACAUAGAUACAAGAAAUUUAACGGUUAAAUUUAGGCGUUUGCAGAAUCUCUUGCAUCCUGAUAAAAUUGCUUCUAGACCUGAAAAAGAAAGGGCUUAUUCUGCAGAACAAUCAGCUCUAGUCAAUAAAGCGUAUCAAACAUUGCUCCGUCCAAUAGAUAGAGGACUUUAUCUCUUAGAACUUCAUUCAAAGCCUUUAUCAGAAGAUGAAAUUCAGCUUCCAUCUGACUUCUUGGCUAAUAUAAUGGAAGUAAAUGAAGUGUUAGAUGAAUGCAAUUCUGCUGAUAUUUUAGAAUCCAUUCGCCAUGUUAAUGAUGCCAAACUUCAAAUUCUCUUUUCUGAUGUAUCUUUAGCAUUUAAAGAGAAAAACAUUGAUAAAGCUAGAGAAUCGCUUUGCAAAUUGAAAUAUUACAUUAAUAUAGAUGAAAAAAUUAGAGAACUUGAAGAGGAGCUUGGAGUAAGCAGAGAUGAUUAAUUAAGUCACCUUUCUAAAGAUAAGCAAGUACUUUUUUCUUUAUAUAAAAUUAUUAAUAAGCUGGAUAUAGAACUAGAAUAUUCUUCUUAUUGUAUUGAGAAGAAUUACCAUAACUUUCUAUCAUUCCAAUGUUCAAAAUGCUCAUAUGUGCAAUAAAAGGUAUUUCUCCUGCCAA